GAGAGCCGAGCCCACGAAGCCACCCAGCAGGCCUGCGGGAUCGAGGCUUUCCCGUCGGGCGGAGCCCGCGGGCGCUGGCAGAAGUUGCGUGUGGUGCCUUAGUCGUCGGCCGCCUCGGACGAGGGGUGAAAUGGGCAUCUGAGUCCGUACCCUGUAGUUAUUUUUAUUUUACGUAUUUUGUUGGCCCUGUGGGGUUCCGGCGUGCCUCCAGGGGACAGGGCAGUGGACAGUAUCUUCUGUCGCUUCUUCGCUUCCUCUGUUUUCGUGUCCCCGGGAUCCUCCCUGCCACCUCUGCGCUUAGUGUCGUGCGACAUCACAUUUUCUAAAACAGCGCCGUCUCCUAAGCCUCUGGCCCUUGGCGACUUUGGGUAGAAGGUCCAACUUCCUGGAACUGGCUCUCUUUCCCACGGAGAGACUCGUAAAUAUAGAAACAGACGAAUCAACAGCUAGCGGGAGGUCGAAGGAAUGUGUGCUUCUCACGGAGAGGCGAGUUCUCCAGCGAGCCAUCCUAGAAGUGAAACGGGGGCUAGGUUUCAAGUCCGUUGUAGCCUACGGUUAGCCUGUGGUGAUUGCUAUCGGAUCAGGCUUAGGAACCCCGGACACGGAAAAGCAGACUGCAGCCUUGCUGUGUGUAGCACAGGAGUCAGGCGUGGACCCAGCCUGGGGUUCCGAGAGGCCCCCCGGCGCCGCAGCAGCCGGCCCGCGAGUGGUGGUGCAUGAGGAGUUGCAAAGCAGGGUCCCCGUGGAAUGUUUGCCACAGCCUGCUUCCGAGCCCUGUGGGCCCGCUGCUCCUGGGUAGCUACCCGGACAGACCAGGGCAGAGCAACAGAGAGAGGGCGUGAGAGAGAUCCUGCCUCCCCUGGCUUACCCCCCCAGAUGCCCACAGCAGCCACUCCCCAAAGGGCUGGGCCAGGCCGAAGCCCGGAGCUUAGAAUGACACUGCGUCCCGGUCUCCCGUGUGGGUGGCGUCCCCUCCGGCCAUCGUCAGCUGCCUGCUAGGAUGCACGCGAGCAGAAGACUGCAUUGAUCCAAGGUGAAGAGACUGGACCGGAGCUGGCGUGGGACACGCAGGCUGCACCAGGCUGCCUGUCCUCGAGAGGACGGGCCGGGCUGCACCCUGAAGCAUGGGUGACAGCAGCAUGGCUGUGCCCCAGAUCACCCCACUGGGCACCCUCCACGAGCCUGCAGGUGCCCCAAUGCAGUCCCAGCCCUGCCCUCGGAGCUUGGCUGAGGGCUUCCUGGAGGAGGAGCUUCGGCUCAAUGCUGAGCUGAGCCAGCUGCAGUUUUCGGAGCCCGUGGGCAUCAUCUACAAUCCCGUGGAGUACGCGUGGGAGCCACAUCGGAGCUAUGUGACUCGCUACUGCCAGGGCCCCAAGGAAGUGCUCUUCCUGGGCAUGAACCCAGGGCCUUUUGGCAUGGCCCAGACCGGGGUACCCUUCGGGGAAGUGAGCGUGGUCCGGGACUGGCUGGGCGUCGGGGGGCCUGUGCUGAGCCCGCCCCAGGAGCACCCUAAGCGCCCCGUGCUGGGACUGGAGUGCCCGCAGUCAGAGGUGAGCGGCGCCCGGUUCUGGGGCUUUUUCCGGAACCUCUGCGGACAGCCCGAGGUCUUCUUCCGUCACUGCUUCGUCCACAACCUGUGCCCCCUGCUCUUCCUGGCUCCCAGCGGGCGCAACCUCACCCCCGCCGACCUGCCUGCCAAGCAGCGGGAACAGCUUCUCAGCAUCUGCGACGGGGCCCUCUGCCGGCAGGAGGCUGGCUGCACUUGGGCCCGGAGUGGCACAGUCUUCCUGCACUUCCUGUUGCCUGCACACGUGCCCCUUGGACUCUUGAACCGUUGCUGCCGUGCGGCGGGCGUUUUGACACUACAUUCUCCACGUGCCUGAUUCACUUCCUGUGAGAGCUGCCUCUGUCUAUGGUCUCGCCCCUCACAGGGAGCCCGCCCGCUCUGUGUGGCGCCUGCAGACUACCUCCUCAUUGCUUGGGCGUCCUCUGCCCAGCGGUGACACCCAAGGUGGCAUUUGCUCCCUCCUCACCAGGACAGGACAAGGCACGGGAUGCUGAGGGCGAGCGUCUGGGGAGGCCAGACCUGGGUUGGAGGGAGAAUUCAUUGUGGGGACAGAGUGGGAAAGUCAGAAGAGUUGGGGCUCCCUCCCAGCUUUGGGACCUCAGGAACUUGAUCACGGACAAGUGGAUGAAACUCUGCACGCCUCGGGAUCCUCGCUUGUAAGGGGGGUGGGGGUGCUGCCUCCUGGUUGGGCCUGAGGCUUAACCGAGAGAACACUGCACAGUGCCCGGCACAGGCUGGCACACGGGGCGGCGGGGGGCUCGCCGCCCUGCACUCCCGGAGAAGCCCCUGUCCACCCCCAAGACCCUGCUCUGGGUGAGGGCAGGGCUCGCUCUGCCAGAUGGGCCCAAUGAAUUGAUGACAUCUCAGCCUGUGAUACUUCUUCGAAGCAUUAAAAGCUCCUAAACUCUCUGGUCUUGGUCUUUGCC